CGGUGCAGGGGAGGGGGGCGGGGGGCGGCUCGGCGGCGGGUCUGCGGGCCCCAUGGGCGGGUGUGUGGGCUCCCACCACGACUCCUCGGGCAGCCUCAACGAGAACUCGGACGGCACCGGAGUUGCUCUCGGUCGUAAUCAGCCCUUGAAGAAAGAGAAGCCGAAAUGGAAAAGCGAUUACCCCAUGACAGACGGACAGUUGCGCAGUAAGAGGGAUGAGUUUUGGGACACAGCACCAGCUUUCGAAGGCCGCAAGGAGAUUUGGGAUGCCCUCAAGGCUGCUGCACACGCCUUCGAGAGCAAUGAUCACGAACUGGCACAAGCAAUCAUUGAUGGUGCAAACAUAACACUACCACAUGGUGCUCUUACAGAGUGUUACGAUGAACUGGGCAACCGGUACCAGCUUCCCGUCUACUGCCUUGCCCCACCUAUCAACAUGAUAGAGGAGAAGGGCGACCUGGAGACUCUGGAUAUUCCUGAUCCCCCACCCAAUUCAGGGCACGAAUGCCAGCUUCGUUUGCGCCUUUCCACAGGCAAAGACCUCAAACUCAUGGUCCGCAGCAUGGACACAGUGUACCACAUGAAGAGGCGGCUGCACGCCGUGGAGGGAGUGGAGCCAGGCAGCCAGCGCUGGUUCUUCUCGGGCAGGCCCCUGGCAGACAAAAUGAAACUGGAGGAGCUGAAAAUCCCAAAGGACUACGUGGUGCAAGUCAUUGUGAGCCAGCCCUUAGCAAAUCCCACCCCGGUGGAAAACUGAGUUCUGCUUGUUUAUUGAUUCUUCUUUCCUCCGUCUCUGUCAUGGGGUUUGUUUUCACUGCCCUCUCUUCUUUUGGUUUGUCCUGCUAAUGGAUUGGUUCCAGGAAAUGACCAGCAAAAAUUCCAUCUGUGAUGGAGAUCUGCAAAAACAUAAAAAUGUAAACUGGCCUCUGGGGUUUGCCUGAUCUCAUAUUUAACACAACAGCAACCAGAACGGGGCAAGGGCAAAGGAAGGAAGGGGAAGGCAAAGGGAAAAGAGGGAGGGAAUAUAUUGUUGUUCACUUAAUACAAAUAUGUAAUGAUCCUGAAAACUGUCGGUGGUGUCCUGAUCCAUGAGGCCAGAGCAACAGAGAGCACUUUUAUUAAAAAAACAAACAAACUUAAAAACUAAUCAAUGUAUCCAAUUUCAUAUCAGCACCACAUACAGUUCAUACAAGAAUCACAGCUGCUCUGGGUCAGUCCCACACUGCCCGUUCACGAGGAUCCUUUCAGGUGCGACCGAACUCAUGUGCUCCAAUGAGGCACCACUGAGGCAGAGCCAGCCCUGGGCAGUGGAGCUGGGCUGGGGGCUCUGUCUCUGUCCUGUGUCACCCGCUCCUGGUGAUGCUCAGACCAAGUAAUUGUACAUUCCAAGAUGGCAAGGCAGUCCUGUGCCAUUGCUGGCUCCCGAGCCGGGAACGCAGCCCGCCGGAGCCUGAGGCAAUAACUUAGUUCGUGUAAACUCUCACGUACUGUACUGUAAACUUACCUGCUACAAGACUGACUUAGCCUGAAGUUUCCUGGCUGGUGGGCACCUGAGUGUGUGCCUGCUGAGUUUCUGUCACUCAGAUCAUGAAAAGAGACUUUGAUGAGGUGAGCUGAGGUGAGCGAUGCUGAUCUGCCCCUGAGCGACGGGUGCAUCGCCUUUGUCCAACAGCACUGGUGUAAUAGGUCCAGGUUAAACUGCAAUUACACCCAGAUGCAAAGGACUGUAGCUUCCCGUGCUUUCCUAGAGGGCAUAAAGCACGGAAGAUGGUGAGGAGGACACAAUAGCACACAGUUUUCAGCUUUUGGUGUGUCAUUGGAAGCAGGAGCCAGUCUUCUAGCUGUGGUGACUCUCCAGCCAGGACAGCUGGAGUUGUCCUCACCAGCAUGCACCUGCGGCCCAGAGUGUGGCCGUGGUGCUUCACAGCCAGUGCUUUCCCUUCAGAGUGUAAGAGGGGCCUUUCAGCAAAUGACAAAUCCUUUUGUAGUCUCAAAAAUCUGAAUCAGAGCAUAUGGAGAUAGGGGGGACCAAGUAGCUUGUUCCCUCGGUUGGAGAUGCUCUGUGUCGCCGUGGCAGCUCUGCACCCCUGCCUGGCAAUGCCUUUGGUUGAGAUCAGUGCCCUGUUCCUUUUAAACAUGACUUCUAGUUUGCUUGGGUUUUAAGCCAUCACUGAAAUGAGUUCACUUCUUCCAAAGUCAAACGUGCUAUUCGUGUGUGAAUAGCAUGUCUUUAUUGGUUUCUGUCUUCCCUCUCUGAAUUAACGGUGUAAAGCUACAGUUGUCACGGCUCUUUCUCAUCUGCUGGUGAAACUGGUGGGUUACCUUGAAGAUUUUAAACCUGUUACUUUUGCUCCUUCAUUAGUUCCAUAAAAGUCAGAUUCUUGAACUCAGAGGGAGUUAUUAUACCACAAGCAUCAGAGGUCACUUGUACAACAGCACAAGUCUUUCCCAGCAGGUGGAAGCAGAAUUUACAUCAGUGGUGGGAAACAGAUCCACAUUUUAUAUGCACUUCCCACCUUACCCCACAGAACUACAGCUUUCUUUUUGGUUCUUGUGUUGUAUCAAGCCUGUGUUUUUGUGACAGCUCCUUUAGCCUCACUUGGGUAUGGGAUGCCUGAAGUGCAGUGGCAGAGCUGUGUAAAGGAAAAUAAGUUCCCUGUUCUCAUAAACACCAAAGUGACUUGCUUUUCUUUCUUCUUUUUUUUUUUUCUUUUUAAAGAUGAGAGUGAAGCUGAUAAAUACUAAUCUAUAACAAGUUUUCUAUUGUGGAGUUUUUUUAAGACAAAUAUGAUUUACUGUACUGGGGUUUUGCAGCCAAAUCUUUUGCAUUCCAGUGGGGGAAAAAUAUUUGAUACAUAAACAAGUCAAAAAUCUCUUGGAUUUUCUCUGGGCAAAGGAUGGUUUGAUGCCAGGAAGAUACUACUGGUCUCAUAAGGCACAACUUACAUAUCUAUAUAAGUGGUCUUCACGAUGUCAUUUCCCUGCAGUCCCUUCUGGAAGGGGGGAAAUCAUGAUAGAUUAAGGAAGAGCAAACCAGGGUGACAAUUCUGGAACUGUGAACACUAAAACCACGACUUUUUAAUUUUUUUAGGAUACCUUUUGGUGAUUUUUUUCUUUUUCUAUUAUCAUUCAGGCAGUUGUCACCAGGUACUGUUUUUGAGAGGACAGCGUGCAGGGACUGGGAGAGCUCCUUCUUUCCCUCUCUCCCUCUUAGCUGGAAAUGGUUCAGUUUUAUUACACUGUUAUAGAUGACCAUGUUUUAUGUUAAUUGCUUUUAUGGCAGGGAGAAAGGUGAUGAUGUGUAGGCCAUGUCAUGAGUGGGUUUUGAGUAGAACAGAGACUUGGUUCAUGAAAAUACUCUUUCCUCUAACAGCCUCCCCCCCUCCUUAAUUACAUAUCAAAAACUGAAAGAGUUCAAUGGUAAAAUACUUUUAGAGGUGACAGUGAAGACUUUGAACCUCUCUGUAUAAAAUUACAGAGGUACUAAGCACAUACCCUGCAGAAACAAAAUUUUACAAGAUAUGUGUUGGGAAAUAAUUUUAAAUUUCAAAAUAUACAUUAAAAGUAUCAGUAAUGAAGGUGUACAGGCAUAUGACAGACAUGUCCCACUAUAGAACUAGAGGAGAGAACAGUUGCUUCUGUCUCUGAAAUGCCUUAUCUUUGCUCUACAAGGUGGGCUUUGGUGCAAGUACCAGUGCAGGGGAAUGGGCUGGGGCUCCUGUGGGAUGAGUUUCAGGGGCAGAAGGGGUCUCCCCAUGUGCCUGAGGUAGGGAGUUCAGGCUUGUUUGAGUGCAGGGCAGAGUGUAGGCACAGCUCAAGGGAGACUAACCAGGUAUUCAGCCACUGGCAGCCCCGGUGGGGGCUGGUGGCUGCUCAGGGGAGGAUGGAUAACAGCACACUGGUGUGUGCAUCCCUGUUUUGCAGCAGGAGGAUGUUGGCAGCACGGCCUGGGUUGUGUUUUGGAACUUGGUGGGUUGCCCCACACCCUCAGGUGUCUUGGGUAUAAGUGAAACAAUUCAACAAGUUUUUUAAUGCACACCUCCAAUGCCAAAUACAGGCAACUGAGAAGUAAUAGGUUUGGGGUUUUUUUACGCACUAGACCCAUCAGCCCUUUGUGCCAUUUCUGAUUAGCUCUGGCUGUGAACUGAUGCCAGUAGAUAACCUUUUUUACAGUGUUAGUGACAGGUCUGUUUGACAUAAUUCAGAUUUUUAUACUCUUUAUUGUUGCUUCUGCCUGACACAGAAGUAAUGACCUAAUGAAAGUCCACACUCCUAAACAGCUUGAAGGGCAGAGAGGCAUGAACAUAGGUAGUCUGACAGGGCCAGGGAGCUCCAGAAGAGCUGCAGCUGUUGCAGGUACAUUGCUUGGUGCAUUGCAGAAGGGUUCUCAGGGUCUUCUUCUACAACCAAGUGUCAGCUGCUCCUUCUAGAGCAUCCAGCUCCCAAAAUGUCACUGACUGCCUUGGCUCUUUGUGCAUGACAGUUUAUUGGUGUCUUCUGCAGAAAAUACAGCCUGGAAUAUAUAGUUUUCUGAAAGCCUUUGCUUCUCUGGAGCUGGGAAAUAUUUUGGAAAAUGAAAUAGUGUGUGUUGGCAGUGUAGUGUUUCGUUUGUUAAUAGACACCCCAAUGGUAAAAGUAGGGGUAACAACAACAAAAAACCUCACCCCAGGAGCAACCAAACAAAACCCAGCUCCUCUUUGCCUUCCACACAAAGUCCCUAAGUUGCUUUGGGGAGGAGAGGAAAGAAGAAUUCAUUGGAGCAACAGGGCAACCCAUGGCACGGUGCAUAACCUUUGGUGAAGCAGAUGGUCAAUUGAUAAAAUAUUGCUGUAGUGUGAUGUGCUUCUGCAUAUAUAUCCAUUGCUAGUAAAUAAUGUAAAAUCUUCCUUAAAAGUAUUUUAAAAAAUACUCUUUCUUACAAUGGUGGGAUGCUUUUACCCAUGGAAUUUUGAAAGCAUUUUCGCUGUGUAGGUGUUGACGAAGUGAAUGCUGAACGUUUUUCCAUGUCUGCAAUGCUUCAGAAGCGCAACUGUUUCUGACUCUUGAUCUAUAUUUUACAAACUUUUCUGUGUUGCUGUACAUACAUCCAGGACCCUGCACCUUAUGCAGAGAAUGUUUACAUAAAAAAAAAAAAAAUUUUUUUGGCUUUUUCCCUGCGCUGCUCAAAUCCUGUUACUUUGAAAUGAAAGUAGUCUCUGUUAGAAAAAGGGGCUUUUUUUUUCCUUUGCCCUUCACCACUUCCCCCAUAAGCAACUCCCUCCUGGAUGGUGGCUGGAAGCUCCAGGGCAUCUUGUGCUCUCCUGCAGUGGGACGUAGAGGUGUUUCAGAAAGGCAUUUUGAAAAAUGUACUUUGGGUGGGGGAUGAGCUUCAUACGCUCUGCAACUUCCUUGGAAAACAGCAAAAAAUGUGCUUCAAACCCACUAGGUGUUGGUGGUCUGCCUUGCAAAUUCACUGGGAAGCCUUGGAUUCAAUUUCCCAGCGUCCGCACUUCUGUUUUCUCCCCAAGAUGAUGAAUGUCCUGCUGUUCUAUCUGCAGCUACAAACGCUUCUGUUGGUUAAUGACUGUAUAUACAAGUCUGCCUGGUUAAAGACUUCCCUUUCCAUGAAGUGUUUUUGAUUGCUCUGCUCUACAAAUGACUCUCCUCUUCCAUAUUUCAUCCACGUAGAUAUUCCGUAGCCGUGUGUGUGUUGCUCUUGUCCGUAGGAGAUGGAGAUGGAGCUCUCCUUCCAAAGGGAGAUACAUGCCACUGAGCCUACACAAGUCAGGCAGCUGGAAGAUGAGAUGUUUUAACCAGCAGGCUUCUUACUAUGGACUUUGAGACUUUUAACAAAUGUGUCUGCUGGACUCUCCAUGAAAAAGUGCAUUCCUGCCCUCCAAGCAAGACCACGUGUUGGGUAUAUAUCCAGUAGAACUGUAUAUUUUACAGAGGAAGACCAUUCAAUCAGAGCCAUGGGGCAAAUAGAGAACUUAAAAUCCUGACUCCUGCCUUAAAACCUUUAGUUCAUCUUGAGCUCCAGAAAUUCUGCACCUGCUCAUUCCCAAGUCCUUUUUUUUCUUUAGAAAAUUGGAAUCCAGUCAAAGGCUGGAGACAAUUUAAGGCAAUUGAAAACAAAAUAAAUUUGAGCUGAUGGCUUCAUUAAAAUAACUAACUGGUCUUGGAUUAAAAACCCUACUUGUGCCUCUGAAGUCCAGGGAAUGUUUCAAAAGUGGAGGUGGAUUUGAGCAGUGAUGGAAAGGACUGCGUUAGCUGGCCGUGUGUGACACUUGCUUUCAUAUGCUCUGAGCAAGAGACUUCGGUUUGUGUCCUCUCUGCCUCAUGGGAAUGGCUUUCAAAGAUGGCUGGUACCAUCAAAUUUGUACUUCUUGAAUAAAUACCUUCAUUUUUAUGGUAAAA